AUGAAUUUAAUAUAUCCUUAUAUGAAGAUCACAUUUCCAGAAUAUCAAGGUAGUGGAUUUCAUCGCAGCAAGGCAUUUGCUGAAAUCGAAAGGUAUCUGAAUGAAAAUUCAUCGAAGCAGGCGAAGCAUCUCAAGGCCAACGUUUUACACGACAGCCAGGUUAUAGUUCUUAGCAUGGCUGAUCACGAAGAGGUCACCAAUGAAUUCCAGGGCAUCAAGCUUUGUUGGUCUUCCAACCGUGUCACUCCCAAAACACAAUCCAUUUCAUUCUAUCCGAGGGAGGAUGCCAACAGGUAUUUCACACUCACUUUCCACAAGUACAGGGAUAUCAUUACCAGUUCUUAUCUGAAACAUGUUUUAGAAGAGGGAAAGGCUAUUACUGUUAAGGAAAGGCAGAGGAAACUGUAUACAAACAGCAAGAGUGAGAGUUGGACUUGGAGAAGAUUCACGAGAAGCAAUUGGAGCCAUGUGGUAUUUGAACAUCCAGCAACUUUUGACACUUUAGCUUUGGAGCCAAACAAGAAGGAAGAAAUUAUCAAAGAUCUGAUCAGGUUUACUGAGGCGAAAGACUAUUACGCUAAGAUUGGCAAGGCAUGGAAGCGGGGGUAUCUCCUCUAUGGUCCACCUGGAACUGGGAAGUCCACCAUGAUUGCUGCCAUGGCUAAUCUAUUGAAAUAUGACGUUUAUGAUCUUGAAUUGACGGCCGUUAAGGACAACACAGAGCUGAGAAAAUUGUUGAUAGACACGUCUAACAAAUCUAUUAUUGUAAUAGAAGACAUCGAUUGUUCACUUGAUCUUACAGGCCAAAGGGAGAAGAAGGAGAAGACAGACGAUGAAAAGAAGGAAGAAAAGGAUAAGGAUCCAGUUAAGGCGGAGGUGAAGAAAAGGGAUGAAAAUAACCAGAAUAGUCAGGUUACAUUAUCCGGGCUUCUUAAUUUCAUUGAUGGGCUAUGGUCAGCUUGUGGUGGGGAAAGGAUAAUUGUUUUUACAACGAAUUAUGUGGAAAAGCUCGAUCCUGCUUUGAUUCGGAGAGGAAGGAUGGAUAUGCAUAUAGAAUUAUCAUACUGCUGCUUUGAAGCAUUCAAAGUUUUAGCAAAGAAUUAUUUGGACCUUGAAUCUCAUGAACUGUUUGGCAGGAUUGAUGAGCUGUUACAGGAAACCAAAAUGACUCCUGCAGAUGUUGCUGAAAACUUGAUGCCCAAAUCAGCUGAAGAGGAUGAGGAAGCUUGUUUGGUGAGACUCAUCAAGGCUCUGGAAGAGGCAAAAGCCAAGGCUGAGGAAGAAGUAAAAAUGAAGGCCGAGGAAGAAGCAAACAGGAAAGCAGAGGAAGAAGGGAAAGUGAAAGCGAAAGCGAAAGCAGAGGAAGAAGAGAAGCCAAAGGCUGAGAAAGAGAAAGAUGAGGAGAGAGAAGCAAAUGGUAAAGGUGUUGAAAUUACUGCUGCAGUGAAAGAUAAUGGUGAACAUCCUAAACAUUCAGCGUCUAAUGCUAAUGAUGAGGAAACUUGCUUGGUGAGAUUGAUCGAGGCUCCAGAAGAAGCAAAAAGUAAGGCAGAGGAAGAAGCAAAAGCAAAAGCUGAGGAAGAAGAGAAGCUAAAGGCUGAGAAAGAGAAAAAAGAAAAUGGUAAAGAAGGUGUUGAAGUUAAUGAAGAAGUGAAAGAAAAUGGUGAAGAUAAUAAACAUUCUGUGGCUAACGGUGUGAAAGAAAAUGGAGAUAUCUCUUAUUGA